UUUUGUUCUUAUGCAGAGCGACUUGUGAGGAGUCGGUGGGCGGUGGUCACUCGCCCUAUUAACAGACACACUAGGCCAUUGAUCGAUACAACUCGAUACAACCCUUGCUGGUUCCGCUGGUGGCCCUUCCGCCGCGAUCAGAGAGAAGUAGGAGGAGGUCCUACGCUCUUACUCUCCCUUCCCCAUGCUGCGGCAUUCAGUCACCUAAUCCGCGAAUCGCAAUUAUGGAAAGGCGAAUUGCCCAAACUCGGAAGGCCUGCAGGUCUCUCUCACAAUGCGUUUGGUGCUGAGUUAGAGAAGGCCAUUUUUGUAUCCCACGCAACAGCGGCUGGAGAUGAAGAAGAAUUCCACUGCCUCCUCUUCCGCCAGAUCCGGCACCUUUCCUAGCCCCGGAACGCCCACCUACCGAGACGGCGCUGGUGCUGCUGGAUACCGGAAAGGGUGGAGCUCGGAGAGGGUGCCGUUGCCGGGGAGCGGCAACCGGAGGUACGCGGGGAGCGGCGUUCUGUUGCCGUUCGCCAAUGGGAGGACUUUGCCCUCCAAAUGGGAGGACGCCGAGAGGUGGAUCCUCAGCCCCGUCUCCGGCGACCCGUACGGGAGUUCGCUCAUGCCGCCGUUGCAUCACCGGCGACCCAAGUCGAAGAGUGGCCCUCUCGUAGCACACGCUGGGAAAUCCGGCGCCUAUUCGUCUACUUCCCCGCUGGUUCCUUGCUUCGACAGUGGCAGAGUUGGAAAUUUCACAGCGGCCUCGCCGUUCAUGGCAGGAGUUUUGAUGCCGGAACACAGCUUUUUGGGCAAUGACGGCAGCGCGAGAGGAGGAGCGAGUGCGAACAUGGGAGGAAUAGGAAGAGCCGAUGGCAGCGUCAGCGGCGGCAGCAGUGUGGGUGGCAAAGCUCGCUCUGCCGAUGGAGAACCAUACACGGUCAGAUCUGCUAGCACUCGUAGGUGUUCUGAUUCAGUGAUGGAGUCUUCUUCCUCCCUUCCCCGCUCUCAUGAUUCAAAUACAGAUGAGCAAUUUGAAGGUACAAAAGAAGUAGCCUCCACAGCAUCAAUCUCUGUUUUUAGGAAGGAUGUAGCAACACAGAUGAGUCCAGAGAGAAGCCCUCCAUACUCGCCCAAAGAGAUUCAAUUUUCCCCUUCCGCCUCAACUCCUGCCCUUGAAGAAUUAGAGAACCAUUUCUCAAAAUUUGAGGUUCGGGAUGUGCAAGUCGAUGAUCGGGUCACUGUAACUAGAUGGUCCAAGAAACAAAUAUCUCGGGGAUCUGACAGGCGUUCAUCGAGCUUUAUAGAAUGGAAGAAAAAGACUGUGGAGGCAAAUACUUCGGCUUGGGGAAUUGCUGAGACAGCAAAGUCCAUGUCAAAGUGUAAAAGAGAAGAAGCCAAGAUCACAGCAUGGGAGAACUUACAGAACGCAAAGGCCGAGACAGAGAUUAGGAAAUUAGAGAUGAAACUGGAAAAGAAAAGAUCUUCCUCUAUGGAGAAAAUUCUGAACAAACUUAGAUCAGCUCAGAAGAAAGCCGAGGAAAUGCGAAAUGCAGUGGCUGAUAGACGAACCAACCGGGUAGCAGCGACUGCCAAAAAGACUAAGUUCUUCUGCAAGAGUGGUCCUUUAAGCUCCCUGACUGGCUGCUUUGCUUGCCACACUAGCCCUCUGUAAUGUGAACCUCGCUAAAAUGAAGCCUUCGCCAAUUAACAAACAAUAGGUGGAUGACUGCGAAAGGAACUUCAACAUGGAUAUCAAGAUUCAUUAUUUAGGUUAAACACAUGCAUCUACGUAUCUAGAGCAUUCUUCGUCAUUUGGGAGUUUUAAAAUUUUCCUACAUGCUUAUUGCAGUCAAUUUUUGUAACAAAAUUAUCUCGGUGAUGAUGAAUGUCGAUGCUAUUUAGUACGUUGCUUAUGAUGUGUAAAUGUGAGUUAAAGGUCUGGAGUAGAACAGGGUGAGCAUGCAUGAAUAUUCAACUAAAGGAACUAACCCCAGCAAGAAAAGCUCGUUAUUUUGGCCUCUCCGAGUUAGCUUCUAAUCGAAGAUGUUUCUUCACAAUCAGGACAAGCGAUCUACAAUGAAGAUGUUUUCUACUUGUUAUUUUACUUUCGGAGCUAACAGUUAAAUGUUGCUCAGCAGCAGUAUAUGGACUGUAGAGGACAGACAUCUGAAUAUCUGAUAAUGCCAUCUGAGCAUCCUGCAAUUAUAGUGUUC